GGUGUCAGCUUCGCGAUAAAAGAAAUACGAUAAUCAUAGCGAAGAUCAUCACAGUGGGUUGCAAUUCAUACGCAAGAGAACUCCCAAAGGAUAAUUGAGGUGUCACCCUCACCCUUAGACAGGUGACGUCCACCAUGGAGAUAAAAAGGUAUUCAGAUUUCUCGAUCAGAAUAUCGGCCUACCUUCUGAAGUUCGUCGGCAUGUGGACGGCAGGCAAAGACUACGAAAUACGCCGAAGGAAGCUCGUCAUAAACAUUACGUCCUCGAUAAUGAUCUACGACAUCUGCGUCGUGAUCAGAGACAUGUAUUUUUGUUUCGGUGAUUUCAACGCUUUCGUUUAUGCUAUCUGCAACGGUCUCAUGGUGGGGAUGGCGUUGUUGAAAUAUUUCGCCAUUGUUUUCAAGAAAUUGGAGUUCCUCGAGUUGAUCACGUUCAUGAAGGAGCAUUUCUGGAGCACUGAGUACGAUUAUCACGAGGCGGACAUAUUGGCCAAUGUCAGAAAUACUUGUGUUUUCUUCAUCACCUUCGUUACUUUCAGCGGUCACGGCGCCGGUGUGGGCUAUUUCGUAGCAGCCCUCAUGAAUAAUGUCGGAAAAAAUGAAUCCGAAAGAAUACUACCAUUCAACAUGUGGAUCGACACCUUAUCGAUGUCUCCUUAUUAUGAAAUUAUGUAUUGCGUAGAGAUAGUAACCGUGUAUCCCGUGAGCCUGUCUUUCUUUUGUUUCGACAACAUGUUCUGUAUCAUGUGCUUGCACCUCACCGGGCAGUUUCGUAUACUCCAAUACAGGUUAACGAGAUUAUGCCAAACAACGAAGGAUCAGAACGGGAAUACGGAUCUAACAAGUUACAUAAAUAAUUCUUACGAAAAAGUGCAGAGCUGCAUUCGCCAUCAUCAGUCGCUCAUCGAUUACUACGAGAGGGUUCAGUACGUGUUCGCGUUCAACAACCUCGUGCAAGUAUUGGUCUUCAGCGUGCUGAUAUGCCUCUUCGGGUAUCAAAUAGCCGUGGCUCGCAUACCCAUGGCGGCACGAUGCGUCUUCUUGUUCCUCCUAUCCGGCAGCAUGUUCUUGCUGCUUAUGUUCACCUAUAGCUGCAAUGGCGUGAUAGAAGAAAGCAACAAUGUUGGCAUAGGCGCCUACUCAGCGCCGUGGACCAUUAUGCCCAUGUGCAAAACUGGGAAAAUGCUGCGAAAGGAUCUGCUGAUGGUCGUUACGCGAUCCAAGAAAGUCUGUUGUCUAACAGCGUAUGGAUUUUUCCCGAUAUCGCUGGAAACUUACUCCAAGAUAAUCAGUACAUCCGUGUCGUAUUUCACGAUAUUAAGACAGCGGUCAGAGGAACUAGUCGAGACCGACGACAUUUCCAUAGCCAUGACAUCGCACUUUAUGAAGUUCUCUGGCUUCUGGAUGGCGACUAAUUACGUCGAACAAAAAUGCAGAAAUUUUGCCUUGGUUUACACCAUCAUUGGGAUGUUACUUCUUGGUUCAGUUCAAGUGGUAGAGUUGUAUUAUUCCAGGGGAGAUUUCGGCAUAUUAAUCCUGCUUGAACAUAAAAAGGAUUUCUUUCAAUUAAUUCUGUACUUGCAACAGAAAUUUUUGCACGGGAUUUACGACGACCACGAGAAGAAGAUUGUGGGCGCGUGUAAACGCGUCUGCGCGUUCUUCAUUUGCGUCUUCACUUGCUGUGCGCAUGCUACGGUAUUUAGCUACGUUCUAAGUCCCAUCGUGGACUACGUAAAAGGCAGUUCUGUAAUUAAAAUAAUCGAGCCCUUGGGCAUUAUUUUGGAGCAGGCAUUGUUCUUGUAUCAAGUCGGCGUGUGCUACUUUUGCUUCGACAAUCUUCUGUGCAUCAUAAAUCUGCACGUGUCUAGCCAAUUUCGUAUACUACAGUACAGGAUGGAAAAUAUGCAGACCGUGGACAAGGAAAAAGAUAGCGAUAGUUUGAUAACGUGUAAAUCACAUUCUACGGAUAAAUGUUACUCGAUAUUUAAGACCUGCAUUCAACAGCAUCAGGCGUUAAUUACAUAUUGUAGCAAGCUUGAGAAAGUAUUCAGUUCUUUCUCGUUGGGGCAGGUGCUGGUUUUCAGUGUGUUGAUCUGCCUUGGAGGAUAUCAAGUACUCAUGCUAGCAUCAGAUACUUACAUACCAAUAAACCGUAGAUUUUAUGUGUUCAUGAUACAAGUGAAUCUGCUGAAAGAUAUACAUUCAAAUGCACCGUUCGCAACACGGAUGAUUUUCAUAUUCCACAUAAUGGGCUGCACAGCACAACUGUUCAUGUUUACGUACAGUUGCGACUGUCUGAUCCAAGACAGUACCAACAUUGCUACCGCGAUGUACGCAGCUCCCUGGUCGCGUCUGCCUAUGGACAAGGAUGGAAGAACCCUGCGAAAAGACUUGAUACUUGUAAUUUUGAGGUCUAGAGUACCUUGCUGCCUGACGGCCAAUAAAUUCUUCCCCAUAUCUCUGGAAACGUACACUGGGGUCACCUUGUACAACCUAUCCAACGUAUUGAGCACGUACAUGUCCGUGUUCAAGUUACUGUGCCUGCUGACGCAAAGAAAGGAUUUCCAUAGAUUGAUUCGAUACAUGAGACGAGAAUUUUUGAAUGGGGAAUAUGAUCCACACGAGAGAUCGAUCCUGGCCGCGUGCAAGGGCACUUCCACGUUCUACAUUUGUACCUUUAGUUCUCUUUCGAACUCAACGCUGAUGAGUUACGUCAUCAGUCCAAUUAUAGUAAAUAUUGGAAGAAACGAAUCAGACAGGAUACACCCAUUUAACGUGAGACUUGAUCUGCCGCUGGCCAUGACACCAUACUUUGAGAUCAUUUUUAUCCUACAGGCUUUUGCUUUAUACCAGACUGGUAUAUGCUACUUUACAUUUGAUAACACCCUGUGCAUGUUCAAUCUCCACGCGGCUGGCCAGUUUCGUAUACUACAAUAUAGACUAGAAACUAUGAGAGGUGCGAAGAUUACGGAGGAACGUACUGGUGAUUUGAAUGCCUGUCCAUCGCGACAUGUAGAUAUAUAUUACGAGGCGUUUAAAACCCACGUACGACAGCAUCAGGAACUCAUCGCAUUCUGCAACAGACUCGAAAACGUGUUCAGUUUCUAUUCACUGGGCCAGGUGUUAUUGUUCAGCUUGCUAAUUUGUCUGGAUGGAUACAUGAUUCUAGUGGCAGAGGUGCCCGCCACGAGACGCUUCAUUUUUGUGUUUCACUUAAUCGCCUGCAUAGCCCAACUGUUCAUGUUCACUUACAGUUGCGACUGUUUGAUACAAGACAGCACGAGCGUCGCCAGGGCAAUGUACGCUGCUCCCUGGACCGAUCUACCAAUGAAUAAGGAUGGGAGCAGGUUGAGGAAGGAGAUGAUGCUUGUGAUGAUCAGGUCUAGGCAGCCUUCCUGCCUGACAGGCUACGGAUUCUUCGCUAUAUCCUUGGAAACUUACACUAGGGUCCUGAGCACAGCAUUUUCUAAAAAUAACGUCUACUUAUUGUUUGUGCCACGAUACUCUUUUACUUUACAACAAUGCAUCGCGAAUAACACCCUCAAAAAGUAUAGUGCGCGAACGCUGAACAGAGGAUGCCGUUUGAUCAAAGAACAGAUCGAAUUGAUGACUAUCGAUACGUAUCAAUGCUCCAUGCGGGGUCUUCGUACGCGAAUUCCGAAUCGAAGGUCUGGCCACGAGAAAUUCGACAUGAGCCUGCCGUACAGUAAGGACUUCUCCAUCGCUAUAUCGUCUUUCUUCAUGAAAUGCGUGGGUAUUUGGUCGGCAAACAAUUCCGCUCAGCAACGUUCGAGGAACGUCAUGUUGAUUUAUACAGUUUUCACGAUUCUUUUUGCCGUGUGGAUUCAGACCAGGGAUUUGUACUACUCCUGGGGAGACUUUGGCACCUGCACGUACAUCGGGUGUAACAUUUUGUGCUUGAACAUGGCCUUAUUCAAGAUACUUAUUCUGUUCUUGAACAAAGUUACCUUUCUUGAUCUAGUCGAUUACAUGCAAACGAAUUUCUGGCAGGCGAACUACGCCCCCAACGAGCAAAUUAUUUUUGCCAGCUGGACACGAGUUUGUACUUACUUCAUUUGUUUCUUCACUUUCUUCACCGAGGCUUCGAUUAUCUGUUACGUGAUUAGACCAGUUGUGGCAAAUAUUGGAAGAAACGAAUCGGACAGAAUACUUCCAUUCAAUAUGUGGCUCGACUUGCCAUUGUCCAUUACACCGUAUUUUGAGAUAACGUUUAUCCUACAGGUUCUGUCGUUGUAUCACGUUGGUGUAUGCUACAUAUGCUGCGACAACUUCUUGUGCAUAAUGAAUCUUCACGUGGCCGGCCAGUUUCGGAUACUCCAAUACAGGUUGAAGAGCAUGCAAAUGUUGCGAUCUGAAAACGAAAAACAUGAAAAUUCGAAAGCAUAUCCUAGCAAGCAAUAUCGCGCCAUAUUUAGGAGCUGCAUUCAGCAGCAUCAAGCACUCAUCGAAUACUGUGACAAACUCGAGGAAGUAUUCAGGAUAAUUGUGUUGGCGCAGGUGUUAAUCUUCAGUGUAUUAAUUUGUUUUGUAGGGUAUCAGGUAGUACUGGCGGAUUUAUCCUCAACGACUAGAAGGGUCACGUUCGUGAACCUUUUAACGUCGACCAUGUGCCAGCUGUUCAUGUUCACGUAUAGUUGCGAUUGCUUGAUACGAGAGAGUACGAAUGUCGCUACCGCGAUAUACGCGACACCAUGGCUGGAUUUAUCAAUGGACAAAUAUGGGAGACUGAUUCGAAAAGACAUGCAACUUGUGGUCAUGAGGACGUAUCGGCCUUGUUGCUUAACUGCUAAUGGAUUCUUCCCCGUGUCACUGCAAACUUACACCAAUAUCCUGAGUACCGCAAUGUCCUAUUUCACGUUGCUGAAACGGAACACUGUUCAAUAGCGCAUCGUAUGGUGUUUCGAAAAAAGAGUGCAUUGUACAUAUUGAAUACAAAAUACAUUUUGAUGUUUGAAUAUACGCU